GAACAGCUCUUGAGCUGCUCCAAAGUCAAAAUUCACCCUCGUGGUAUUUCCAGUUUGUUUUUCUAAGGGAAGACGCGGAUGUGAUUGGGUGCUCGCGCUCUCCCUCUGUAACCUCUGGAUUUUUUUUUUUUUUCUUUUUAAUGGAAUUUGUCCCGGGUUGAAGUUUCCAACAUACUAAAUUCCUGUGCAUUUCGUGGAAAAUCAGCGUCAGGGUAGAGGCUGUCAGCAUCCCAGCUGGAGGCAAAGCCAACAGACUCGCCCCGCGCUAUACGUUGCAGAAUUCACACAGGAUGUCAUCACAGGAAACAGCUUCAUACUUUUGCUGCUCGCAGGAUGUUUCUGCUCGUCUCAGGGGGCUGGGACGCUUCUCUCAUGAUGAGUUCUGAAUUAAACGUGCCGGUGGACCCUUCCACUCCCGCUUGCUGCUCUGAACCUGGCACCAAAGGCAUGGAUUAUCGGGACUGGGUGCGCCGCAGCUACCUGGAGCUGGUGACAUCAAACCACCACUCGGUCCAGGCCCUGUCGUGGAGGAAGCUGUACCUGAGCCGAGCCAAGCUGAAAGCUUCCAGCAGAACCUCUGCGCUGCUCUCUGGAUUUGCGAUGGUUGCCAUGGUGGAGGUGCAGCUGGAGAUGCAGUACAAGUACCCCCAGAUGCUGCUGAUCGCCUUCAGUGCCUGCACGACGGUGCUCGUGGCAGUCCAUCUCUUCGCUCUUCUCAUCAGCACCUGCAUUCUGCCCAACGUGGAAGCGGUGAGCAACAUCCACAACCUGAACUCCAUCAGCGAAUCCCCCCACGAGCGCAUGCAUCCCUACAUCGAGCUGGCGUGGGGCUUCUCCACGGUUCUGGGAAUCCUCCUUUUCCUCGCAGAAGUGGUGCUUCUGUGCUGGAUAAAAUUUCUGCCUGUGGACUCCAUCCUGAAAAAUGAAACCACCACCAUCCAGAAGCCCAGCGGCCACGCGGGUUGGCAGGCAGCGCUGGUCUCCACCAUCAUCAUGGUCCCCGUGGGGCUGAUUUUUGUCGUCUUCACCAUUCACUUCUACCGCUCCUUGGUGCGGCACAAAACGGAGCGCCACAACCGGGAGAUCGAGGAGCUCCACAAACUGAAAGUGCAGUUAGACGGGCAUGACAGAGGCAUGCAGGUAGUGUGACAGAGGCUGAGAGCAACAUACCCGUUCUGCUGGUUGGUGAGACACACCAGUGAUGGAUUGUCCUGAGGCUUAACUAUGUAAAUGCUAAUUGCCUGCCAUACUUAGCUGUGGGUUCUAGUGCUGUGUCAGAUGCUGGGGUCUCUGGUCCUACACACUUCUGUACUUACGUAGACACUGCCGUGGAGUUUGAGGUCAAGUCUUGAUCUGCAUUGGUACAAGUAGCCAAAAAUCUGCUCCCUUUUUCCUUUUUUUUCUUUUUCUUUUUUUUUUUUUUUUUUUUUUUUUACAAACGCAACGUUCAUUUGUCAAAAGUAAAACUGCAUCAGCUGUCCACGAAGGCUGUGUGUGUGUGUGUGUGUGUGUGUGUGUGUGUGUGGAACCUGUCUUACGUGUCAGAACUCCCCGGCUGUCAGUGCAGCAGCAAUUAAUUGGCAGUUUAUUUCUAGAGCUGUGCUGGUUAAUGAAGGUAUCUGCUUCCAACCUGAGGACCUCCAGGAAAGCACAAUAGAAACCGAGUGUUCAUCACCUCGGUUCUAAAGCAAGCCGUUCCAUAAGUACAUAACCAGGAAGAAACCAGCCUUAGCUUUUAUGUUCUGUUCUUGCUCUUCUUUACUAUGUUUUUAUGUCUGGGGAGGUCGAAUCCCUAAUUGCAGGGGGCUGAGGAGUUCUGUCAUAAUUUCUCCAGCAGCACCUGUCACUCUAGAUUGAAUGAAUGCCAAGAUCAUCAGAGUUUUUUUUCCCAGUAAGAAGCAGGAGUGCCCAGGGAAGGCUUACAGGUGUUUCAGUUUUAACAAGGACGUUCUUAAAACAGAACAGUGACGGGGAAUUUAAUGAGACAAAAUUUUGAAGGACCAGACAAGCAAGUUUCGAGGAGGUAAAGAGUGACAGCAAGCUGUAGAAAUCUGUCCCUGCGUUGUCUUCAGUUAUGUGCUGUUGCAAAGUCUUUCUCAUGGCUUGCUGUAGAGAACAAGCCCCGGUCCUGCGUUUUUCAUCAGUGUUUGCCAGCUGUGCGUUCACCUGUCCAAAAGGAAUGCUUCCUUCUCCUUCUACCAAAGCAGGCAGCUCCUCUGGGGGAACCCGGAGCUGCGCAGGCGAGUCUGGAGCUGGAUCCGGCAGGAGAUCUGUGUGCCAUUGAAGAGCCAUCAAUCACGUUUCACUUGAGCUGACUCUUUUCCAGCAGCAGAGAAAAAGACACUUGCACGUCUGUUUUGCUUAGCAGGGCAAGCUUGUGAUUACUAUCGCAUCCUUUUGGGGGAAAACUGUAAAACUUGUUUUACGAUUUGUGGUAACCUCGUGGAGAGAAGUGCUUUGCAAUCAUCAGCUCUUCUAAGGGCAAGUGAGGCUUUCUGGCACAGGGCUGCAAGAAGCAUAAGCGCGUUUCCUUAGCCCUGAUCCUCUGCCGAUUUCCUGCUCUGCACUCAAACGUUGCAGUUAGGCUCCCAGGCUGUGUAGGCUUCUGAAAUGGUUGCGGAUGUUGGUAAUGUUCUAUUUAUCUAUGGUCCCUUAUUCCACUGGGAUUUGAGAAAUCUAAUGGCAGCAUAUUACAUGUCAGCUGCCCGGAGUGGAGAGUACACGCAAAUCCCAGUGAGACUAUCCCUGUAUUUCGCUCUGACGAGGGCCUUGGGAACCCAACUCCAAUUUCUCUUGUUUACAUGCAAGUUUGAGCAUUGCUGAACGAGUUGCUUAGCACUGUGUCUGUGCCUUUCAUCUGUUGUUCUUGCCGCGGUUGGCGUGUACCAUAUUGGCUGAUGCGCAGCAAAGAAAAUAGUUUGUGUGUGAAAUGCCUGGCCUGUGCUUAUGCACAUAUGCAAAAAAAUGAGGCGUGUCCUCCAGGAAGUGGGUGGUCAUGAAAUUCAUACCAUCUCCCCAGGAGCCUGCCCUCUCUUCCUCCCCUUCUUACCAAAAUAAAAAAUUAAAGGUUUACGUAACAAAA